CGACACUGGUUGGAGUUGAGUGGUCACACCUCUACCGCGGAUAGAGCCACCGGUACUAUUAGGAUAAGAGGCUGAGUGGGCCUCCAGCCGAUAGCCCGUCCAUACUUGUGUUUAAAUUGAAAUGACACAGGAAAAGAAUGGUCAUAAAGGCACACUUGAGCAGAGGAAGUGGAAAUCCUUUCCAGAACAUUGAGAAAACUACUGUACUACAAGAAACUCGUACUUUCAAUGAUACUCCUGUGAAUCCAAGAAAAUGUACACACAUUCUUACAAAAAUUUUGUAUCUCUUGAACCAGGGUGAACAGCUUAGUACUACAGAAGCUACUGAGGCAUUCUUUGCCAUGACAAAACUCUUCCAGUCCCGAGAUGUUAUUCUUCGACGCAUGGUGUAUCUUGGUAUCAAGGAGUUAUCAGCCAUAGCCGAAGAUCUGAUUAUUGUAACAUCAAGCUUGACUAAAGACAUGACUGGGAAGGAGGAUUUGUAUAGGGCAGCCGCCAUACGUGCACUGUGCAGCAUAACUGACGUGACAACACUGCAAGGAAUUGAAAGAUACAUGAAACAAGCAAUUGUGGAUCGUAACUCUGCAGUGAGCAGUGCUGCUCUGGUUAGCAGCUUGCAUCUGACAAAAAUUGCAGGGGAUGUUGUGAAGCGGUGGGUAAAUGAGGUGCAGGAAGCCGUCAACUCUGACAGUGUGAUGGUCCAAUACCAUGCCCUUGGUGUUUUGUACCACAUUCGCAAGUCUGACCGUUUGGCUGUGAACAAAUUGGUUGCCAAGUUGAGUCACAUGUCUUUGAAAUCCCCAUAUGCAGUCUGCAUGUUGAUCCGAAUUGCAUGCAAGCUGCUUGAAGAUGAAGAUUCUUCAGGGGGUGGAUCUUCAGAUUCUCCUCUGUUUGAAUUCAUAGAGUCAUGUCUCCGUCACAAAAGUGAGAUGGUAAUCUAUGAGGCUGCUCAUGCCAUUGUUAAUUUACGCCGAACCACGUCUCGGGAACUGGCACCAGCUGUCAGUGUCCUUCAGCUCUUCUGCAGCAGUCCAAAACCAACUUUGAGAUUUGCUGCUGUCAGAACGUUGAAUAAGGUUGCCAUGUCUCACCCUGAAGCUGUAACAGCUUGCAAUUUGGAUCUGGAGAAUCUUAUCACUGAUUCCAACAGGUCUGUAGCCACUCUGGCGAUAACAACUCUUUUGAAGACAGGAGCAGAAUCUUCAGUGGACAGGUUGAUGAAGCAGAUUGCUAGCUUUGUCUCUGAAAUUAGUGAUGAGUUCAAAAUAGUUGUGGUUCAGGCAAUCCGAGCUCUGUGCCUGAAAUUUCCACGCAAACACAGUGUUCUGAUGAAUUUUCUGUCUGCCAUGUUGAGGGAUGAGGGAGGUCUAGAAUACAAGGCCUCAAUUGCCGACACCAUCAUCACCAUCAUUGAAGAGAAUCCAGAAGCAAAAGAGACUGGUUUGGCACACCUUUGUGAAUUUAUUGAAGACUGUGAACAUACAAGCCUUGCAGUCCGCAUUUUGCAUUUGCUUGGAAAAGAAGGUCCUCGAACUAAACAGCCAUCUAGAUAUAUCCGAUUCAUCUAUAAUCGUGUUAUUCUGGAGAAUGCACCAGUUCGAGCUGCUGCGGUGGCUGCCAUGGCUCAGUUUGGAGCAGCCUGUCCUGAUCUUUUGCCCAACAUACAGGUCUUGUUGGCCCGCUGUCAGAUGGAUACAGAUGAUGAAGUCCGAGACAGAGCUACAUACUACUACAGCAUUCUUGAGACGCAAGAUAAACCAUUAGCCAACCAUUACAUUGUGGAAGGGUUGCAGGUGUCAAUCCCAAGUCUUGAAAGGGCUCUUCAUCAAUACACUAUGAAUCCCACAGAUGUUCCGUUUGACAUGAAAUGUGUACCCUUAGCAGCUGUGCCAUCUGAGGAAAUUGUGAAUCCAUCUGCUAAAGGUGGACAGGCUGAUGGCAUGCUCAUCUCUGCUGCAUCGUCAGGUUCAAAGGUGUUGGCUGUGGCUGCCACUGUUAGUCGUGAAGAAUCAUACGCAGAGAAGCUACGCAGUGUACCUGAAUUAGUGGCAUUUGGUCCACUGUUUCGUAGCUCGGAGCCUGUUGAGCUUACAGAAUCGGAGACAGAGUACGUGGUGCGCUGCAUCAAGCAUUCCUUCCCACAACACCUUGUUCUUCAGUUUGAUUGUGUGAACACAUUAAGUGAUCAGUUGCUGGAGAACGUGCGUGUCGAAGUGGAAACACCCACUGGUUACCAGCUGGUGCAGGAGAUCCCAUGUCCUCGCCUUUCUUAUUCAGAGACAGGAACAGCUUAUUUGGUAUUUCAGUUUCCUGAAGAACUGGGGGCGACAGUGGGAACAUUUAAUGCAACUCUCAAGUUUCUGGUGAAAGAUUGUGAUCCAGCCACAGGCUUGCCAGACUCUGAUGAAGGUUAUGAUGAUGAGUACAUGCUUGAAGAUUUUGAGGUGACACUUGGUGACCAGAUACAAAAAGUAACCAAGGCGAACUUUGGCGCUGCUUGGGAGGAAGCAGGAGCAACUCACUGUGAACUGGCAGACACAUACAGCCUGUCGAAUAUGGGGACACUGGAAGAAGCUGUGAAGAACAUAAUCAGCUUCCUGGGGAUGCAGCCGGUCGAACGGAGUGACAGAAUCCCUGAAGGGAAGUCCUCACACACACUCCUCCUAGCAGGUGUGUUCCGUGGAGGGUAUGAGAUACUAGUUCAAGUGAAACUUGCACUGGCAGCAGCAGUGACAAUGCAGCUUACUGUAAGAUCCACUAAUCCUGAAGUGGCAGAACUUGUGACUUCUGCAGUGGGAUAAUGUGGCAGUGUGGAGUGCUAUAUGUCCCUAUAUUUAAUUCACCAUUGUCUGAGUUGUCCCACAGUGUAAAAAAUGAUGUGAAAUAUUGUGAUACCAAAAUUUAUGCUUUAAUAGAACUUCCAGUAGUUUGUAAUUAUGGUAGAGUUCCUCUUAUUACUGAAUUCAGCUUUACCCUUUUCUCUUCCCCCCUCCCAAUUAAUAAUGUGUCAUGUAUGUAGUAGACCUGUUGGUAGGCAACAAUUGUGAAACAAUUAGACAACAGCUAUUAGUAGGCAACGGCCUGUAAACAACAGAAGAACGGUCAUUUCUGUUCUGUCCAUGCUGAGA